CACUCACAAGUCACAGGACUCACAACUCAAUUAUUACUCAAAAUUUUAGAGUCUGAGAAGUCGAGAGAGAGAUGUUGAAGGAAGAUCAGAGCAAUGGGACUGCUGCCAACAACAACUGGGCACGUGUUUGCGACACGUGCCGGGCAGCAGCUUGCACGGUGUUUUGUCGUGCAGACUCGGCGUACCUAUGCUCGGGCUGCGACGCCACCAUUCAUGCUGCUAAUUGUGUGGCGUCGCGUCAUGAGCGUGUGUGGGUAUGCGAGGCGUGCGAGCGUGCCCCAGCCGCUUUUCUGUGCAAAGCGGAUUCGGCUUCGCUUUGCACGGCCUGCGACGCGGACAUCCACUCUGCCAAUCCUCUGGCGAGGCGCCACCAGCGCGUGCCCAUCCUGCCUAUUUCUGGUUGCCCGUACGGCCCUCAGGCAAUUGAGCAUGGCAGGAUGAAGUUGGUGAGGUCCGCCACGGCGGAGAUGGAGGAUGGGUUUAUGAGCCAGGAAGGAGAUGAAACCAUUGAUGAGGAAGAUGAGGAUGAGGCAGCAUCAUGGUUGUUGCUCAACCCAGUGAAAAACAACAACAACAACAACACCACCACCACCACCACAAAGAACAAUGGGCUUUUCUUUGGAGUGGAGGUUGAUGAGUAUUUGGAUCUUGUGGAGUACAACUCAUGUGCUGAUCAGAAUAAUCAGUUCACUGAUCAUCAUCAGCAAGAACAGCAGCAGGAACAACAUUAUGGGGUCCCACACAAGAAUUAUGGAGGAGAUAGUGUUGUGCCAGUUCAUCAGUAUGGAGAAGUAGGGAAAGCCCACCAGAUGCAGCAGCUGCAGAAGCAAAGUUUUCAUCAGUUGGGUUUGGAGUAUGAGUCCUCAAAAGCUGCAUACAGUUACAAUGAUUCUCUAAGUCACAGUGUUUCUGUUUCAUCCAUGGAUGUUGGAGUUGUACCGAGUUCAACGAUGAUCGAUAUCUCAAUUUCGCACCCGAGAACUCCCAAAGGAACUAUUGACCUUUUCAGUGGAUCUUCCAUUCAAAUGCCAACCCAACUAAGUCCAAUGGACAGGGAGGCCAGGGUUCUCAGGUACAGAGAGAAGAAAAAGACGAGGAAGUUUGAGAAAACAAUCCGGUAUGCCUCAAGGAAGGCCUACGCGGAGACCAGACCCCGAAUCAAGGGCCGAUUUGCAAAGCGAACUGAAAUGGAAGUUGAAGUCGACCAAAUGUUCUCCACAACGCUGAUGGCGGAAAAUGGAUAUGGCAUUGUUCCAUCAUUCUAGUUACGACAUUCAAAAGAUGAAAGAUGACCCUAUCUCUUCAAAUAACACCUUGUGCUGGUUUUCAGUCAUAUCAAUUAAGUCUGCUACUGAUAUUUAGUGUAUCUUUUUCCAGUUUAGUUGGUCUAAAUUAUUGAGAUGUGUGAAGUGUGAUUGGUAAUUCUGUAUAUUGUUCUCAAUCUCCUUGCAACUUCAGUGUUGUAAAUGCAUUUACAUCUUUUUAACUAAAAAUUUAACAUUCUCAGAAA